AUGCUAGCCCAGGAGGUGCAGCAAGUACUUGCUGCCGGCACCGAUGAUGCCUCAGCUUGCCAAAUCAGCAACAUGACAGCGUACGAGAUGGAAAAAGGCAGAAAGAUUGUUGGACUCACCAAAGGCGCCACCGAAAGCUUUGUAGUCCCCAGGUUGAGUCCGCUCAACUCAACCGGCGGCGAGCAAUGGGCCUUUGACGGCGUCUCUGAAGACGGAGUGAAGUCCUUCAUGUUUGGUUUCUACCGCGACCCAAACUACUCCAUUUUGGGGGCAGGUAAUUUCCGCCUGUCGCUUGAGUUCGGUUUUGCCAACCGGGAACGGGUCGCAGAGCUGUACUAUGCCGAAAGGACCGUCAUUGAAACGUGCCCCCAGGGCGUCAGGGGUGUGUGGUACAGUGAAAGCGAAGGGUGGCACCACUCCUUUCUCAUCAAAGCGGACAUGAGCGAGGCCGUCAUUACCCUCAACUCGGAUUCGCUCAAAGGAACCAUUACCUACAAGUCCAAAUCGCUCCCCAUCGCUGCAGACGGCCAUGUCUGGCCCAACGGAAACGCAACAACGGAACCCGUACGAUAUCUACACUGGUCGGAACCCAUUCCUGCCGGCACAGUGGAGUUUGACGUCGAGAUCAAGGGGAAAAAGGCUACCUGGAAAGGAAUCGGAGGCCACGAGAGAUUCUGGACCGCUUUCAGCUGGUUUACAUGCUUGACGAACCUCCAGGGUUUGCGAGCUAUGGCGGGGCCCUACGUGCUCAGCUUCUUCCGUUUUGAAUCGGGUUUAGACGAGGGCCACGUACAUCAAUCCGCAGUCCUUUUCAAGGACGGCGUGCAGAUAUUCCGCUCGACUUUGGGAGCCGAAUCAGAUACGGAAGACUACGUACUCGCCCAGAAGACGUACGGAGGCGCCGUCACGGGCGACCUGAAAGACAAGGUGACCGGUUUCCAAGUCGAACUCGUCUCUCCCAGCAAGAAGCAACAUUACACAUUCUUUAUAGAGCAUAAGAACCUGGCCUUUGAAUACCUUCUCGGUGAGGGUGUUGGAGGUAGUGGUUUCUCAGCAAUCGCCAAGGGUGGACAUGUUGGGCAGCUCCAGUAUGAAGGGCCAUCGCUAACCGAGGCACUGACCUUCCCGAAGAACUCACCACUGUUCAAGAGCAAUUAUGUCUAG